CAGCAGAACACCAUACUCACUCACUCAAACGUUAUUGAAAACAAUUAAUUGUUAAGUGAAUUUCAAUACUCAUUAAUAGAACCUUUACACUGAUUUAAUGAGGGCUACUGUCUAUAUAUUCUAUAUCAUCUAUAUAUUCUAUAAUAUGUAUGUAUUUAUGUCUUGUCUGUUCAAAGCUACAAGAUGUCAGGUGCGAGACCCAAAUCUGGAUUAGUCGACAACUGGCAGGCUGGGAAGACUGUCGCAGAGUGUAAUCUGCGCAUGCUCAACACGGGAGACUUAAGUGACGUCACAUUCCGUGUGGGAUCUGAGAAACAGGUGGUCCGAGCUCACCGCUACGUUCUCGUCAGUCGCAGCUGUGUCUUCAAUGCCAUGUUCUGUGGCCCCCUGGCGGAGACAGGGGAGGUAACCAUCCCCGACAUUGAGGCAGACAUCUUCAAAGAGUUCUUGAGGUAUGUGUACACAGACAAGGCCACUAUCAACGCUGAAACAGUCACAGAACUAAUGUACACCUCCAGGAAAUAUUCUCUGGAUGCAUUGUUCAAUCUGUGUGUUACGUUCCUAGAACAGUCCCUGUCAGAAGACAAUGUCUGUCAGAUCCUGGAGGAGUGUCAUGGUUACGGGGGGCUGGACGUGGAAAAGAAGGCCCUGGAGAUUCUUACUCAAGGAGGGAAGGAAGUCAUCCAAUCUCCUGGCUUUGUGAAACUUUGCUCAGAUUGUAUGAAUAAGUUUGUUAGGUCAGAUGUUUUAUAUUUGAAAGAGGAAGACGUAUUUGACGCAGUGCUGUCCUGGACAAAGGAAAGAUGCCGGAAGGAAGGUGUGAGUGACACGCCUGAGAACAUACGGAGACUCCUGGGAGAUAUGAGGUAUGAGAUCCGGUUUACCAGCAUCCCCCUGGAGUAUCUGGUGAAGGUUGUCGGCCCAUCUGGUGUACUGACAGACAGUGAGAGAAUGCGAAUAACGGACGGAACCAUCGACACAACUGUUGACAUAUCUCCAUUCAAACAUUCACAGAGAAAUCCUAUUGGUUGGAAACUGAAGGCAUCCUGUAAACGAGUGGCUAGGUUUACGUUUAACGUAUUUCUGUGUUCUAAUUUGAGAAGUGGGAUAAGAGCUAUCUCCUUCUCACCUAGUCGGAGAAUUUUCCUACUGGGGUGUCAGCUGUAUGGUGGGUGGGAUGGAGAUGCAGAGUAUACACUGACGAUCAGAGUGUAUGACGCCAAUAACGUGGCGAUUGAUGAACCUUUCGUGAACACCAGGAUGACACUUCAAGGCAGAUACAAGCUGAAUGACGUCCUGUUUCCCAGGUUUAUUUCCCUCACAGCAGGUGCGACCUACACUCUGUGUGUGGACAUGGAGGGACCUGAAUCUUACUCAGGUGGGGGAGGAAAGGAUACAGUAACUGUGGAUGGGGUACAGUUCACAUUUACAGACUCUCCAAUGUCUACUAAAGACACAUCAACACGAAAAGGACAGAUACCUGGUUUGUUGUACAGUCUCCCGCCGCCAUAUUAUGUCUUGUCUGUUCAAAGCUACAAGAUGUCAGGUGCGAGCCCCAAAUCUGGAUUAGUCGACAACUGGCAGGCUGGGAAGACUGUCACAGAGUGUAAUCUGCGCAUGCUCAACACGGAAGACUUAAGUGACGUCACCUUCCGUGUAGGAUCAGAGAAACGGGUGGUCCGAGCUCACCGCUACGUUCUUGUCAGUCGCAGCUGUGUCUUCCAUGCCAUGUUCUGUGGCCCCCUGGCGGAGAAAGGGGAGGUAACCAUCCCCGACAUUGAGGCAGACAUCUUCAAAGAGUUCUUAAGGUAUGUGUACACAGACAAGGCCACUAUCGACGCUGAAACAGUCACAGGACUAAAAUACACCUCCAAGAAAUAUUCUCUGGAUGCAUUGUAUAAUCUGUGUGAAACGUUCAUUGAAGAGUCCCUGUCAGAAGACAAUGUCUGUCACAUCCUGGAGGAGUGUCAUGGUUACGGGGAGCUGGACGUGGAACAGAAGGCCCUGGAGAUUCUUACUAAAGGCGGGAAGGAAGUCAUCCAAUCUCCCGGCUUUGUGAAACUUUGCUCUGAUUGUAUGAAUAAGUUUGUCAGGUCAGAUGUUUUAUAUUUGAAAGAAGAAGACGUAUUUGACGCAGUGCUGUCCUGGACAAAGGAAAGAUGCCGUGAGGAAGGUGUGAGUGACACACCCGAGAACAUACGGAGACUAUUUGGAGUUAUGAGAUAUGAGAUCCGGUUUACCAGCAUCCCCCUGGAGUAUCUGGUGAAGGUUGUCGGCCGAUCUGGGGUGGUGACAAAGGAUGAGAGAAAGCGAAUAAUUGAGAGAACUGUUGACACAACUGUUGACAUAUCUCCAUUUAAACAUUCACAGAGAAAUACUAUUGGUUGGAAACACAAGGCAUCCUGUAAAAAAGUGGCUACGCUUAAGCCUUACCGUAAUCGUAGUUUGAGAAGUGGGAUACGUGCUAUCUCCUUCUCACCUAGUCGGAGCAUUCUCCUACUGGGGUGUCAGCUGUAUGGUGGACAGAGGAGAGAUGCAGAGUAUACACUAACAAUAAGAGUGUAUGGCGCAAAUAAUGAGGUGAUUGAUGAACCGUUCGUGAACACAAAGAUGUCGCUUCAAGGCGGGGGCCAGCUGAAGGUGCUUGAAGGCGGGGGACGGAUGAAUGAGGUCCUGUUUCCCAGGUUUAUUUCCCUCACAGCAGGUGCGACCUACACUCUGUGUGUUGACAUGGAGGGACCUGACACUGUCUGUGGAGAGACAGGAAAGGAUGCAGUAACAGUAGAUGGAGUACAUUUCACAUUUACAGACUCUCCAGUGUCUACUACAGGCACAUCAACACGGAACGGACAGAUACCUGGUUUGUCGUACUGUCUCCCGCCGCCAUAGGCAGUACUGGUGUAUCAGGUGUGUUUCGCCGACUGCUAUGGCGAUGAUAUAUGAUAAUUUUAUAUCAAGCAAACCAGAUCAUCUUCAAUAUGAUCAUUAAUUCCAUUAAAUUCCAUCUGACUAUCAGUGACAUCUGGCUUGAACUCACUGGUGAUAACAACUAUGUUAUAUCUGUGUAGUACAGGGAGUUAAUCAACACUAAAACAAUUCCCACCUAUACAACAUUGUUCUUUGCACCUUUCAGAAUACAUGAGAGGACAAGGAGGUGAUUGCUGAUAUUUGUUUCGAAAUAAAUGUUCUUAAGAUUUGUAGAUAUAACCCGUAUGUCCCAAACUAUUUGCCUUUUGAGGCAUCUUACAUACUGACGUCAACAGCAUAAUGUAUUGUGAGUGGUUGGAUUGAUGCCUGAAGCUGUAGUGCAAGUCUGUAGUGACGUAAUGAAGGGUGAAGGUCGUUUUAGUUACUCACCGUUUGUAGGGCACGUGAAAACACAAAUGCACGUGUGCUUUGUUGUGUGUUUUGUUAAUCAUACUUCCCCUUGAUAUUGAUCACGACAUUGCGGCUGAACUAUGCUGUAUCUAAGAUGUGGUUUUGUAUUCAGUGGACCCGUGAAGAUCCAGGGUAGAAUAGGUCUUCAGCCACACAUGCUUGUCGUAAGAGGCGACUAACGAUUUCGGAAGGUCAUGUCAUUGUAUCCCAAUUUCGGAAUGAUGCUCAUGAUAUCAAUCACUGGAUUGUCUGGUCCAGACCCGAUUAUUUACAGACCACUUUCAUAUAGCUGUAAUACCGCUAAGUGCGGCGUUAAACAAAAAAAAUGUGUUGAGUGAUAGAUUACUUCUAUUCUCUUUGACAACAAACACUGGGACUGGUUCGUUGAAAGUCGUAGUGUUAAAUCUAUUGCAAGUGUGCUCAGUUUAACAACUACUGUCAAUCCGAUAAGCAAUGUGUAUAUUCCUUACGUAAAACAUGAGUUGCAAAAGACUAAUUUAUACCUAAUGAUCAAUCACCCUUUAAAUCAACACUCUGUUGCUAUUCAAGACGAAUGUGUACUUGUUUGUUAUAAUCUCGUUAAUGUUGCCUAUACAGUAAACUACGGUUAUAGCGAACUCAAAGGGACCACAAAUUCUAGUUCGUUAUAACCUUAAUUCGUUAUAAGCAUAUAUACAGCAAAUGGCAGGGACCUGAAACCCAAUUCAUUAUAUCCGCCAGUUCGUUAUAAGCGUGUUCGUUAUAACCGUAGUUUACUGUAUAUGCAUGUAUGUGCUCUCUUUAUUAUUACCAUGUCACUUGCUUCAUAUCGGUGUCAAAGUCUACUGCGAGACAUUGCUACGAUUGUAAUACAGAAGUUGGUCAUCACUUUUACAGAAUUGAUAUGAGUUUGUUCUUAUGUCUUUAUUGUUUUGUUUCUCAGAUAUUAGCUCAGUUCAAUAAAGCGCAGAUUGCGACCAAAA